AUGUCUUUUUCCUUUAUUAGAACUUCUUGCUCGGCAAGAAGGUUACAUAAGCGAUUAGGGAAAGUUCAAUUAAGAAGAGCAAGUAGUCAUGAACCACAGUAUAAUGAGCCUGGUGGCUACUUGUUUGGUGAAAAACCCUUACCAGCGGGACAAAAACGCGUGAAAGAUUAUUGGGAGAAUAUAUGGAUUUAUGGUAUGGGCGGAAGUCUUCUAAUGGGAACCAUUAUCGCUAUUUAUAAACCUGACACAAGGCAAGAUACACUCAGCAAUUGCUUAAAUGUACAAUAA